AAAAAAGGAUAAAUGGUGCACAUUUUCUCAUUAUUUCCGGUUCUCUCAGAAUUGUCACUGCAGUUGAAUGACGAUAUGGACUGUCAGUUUUCUAUGUAACCAAGCGAAACGAUUCAGUCACUGUCAGCCAUGCCAGCCUCCCUAUUUUGUGUGGACCUCUUGGGAAGAAUCUACGAGCUGUCCACAUCAUCAUCAAAAUGGGAGCCCCUGUCGUACCUCGGAGUGGAGUUCAAGAGGCUCUCAGCCUCCGAGCACAGCCUCUGGGCCAUUGGAGGUGACCAGCAGGUGUAUGUGCUUAUUUACGGCACCGACAACCCCAUCCGAGUCAUGGAGGAAACCUAUGAAAACCAGCGCUGGAACCCCAUAGAUGGGUUUUGUGACAAGCUGCUAGGCACUGAUCGGUACCACUUCUCUUCGAUGGACGGGAAAACUGAACGGCGUUUCACAGACGUUGACCUGCCCUCCCUUGGCUGGCAGUGGGAAGGCGACUGGCAGCUGGACAGCACGCUGAACGGCACACAGCUGGAGACCGAGGGGUGGACGUACGCGGUCGACUUCCCGGCCGCCUACUCGCCGUACAAACGGUUCACCUCGUGCGUGCGCCGCCGGCGCUGGGUGCGCUAUCGCCGCUACGUGGCCGUCAACACGUGGUCGUCGGUACCGCCGCUGCACAGGGACUCCGUGGAGGAGCCGUUUGUGGACGUGGCCGUGGGCGGGUCCGAGCUGGCCGGAUGGGAGCCCGACAACCUGAUGGUCUGGGCCGUCACCAUCCGAGGACGGGUGAUAUUCCGGAGCGGCGUGGGACGGCUGUCACCCGAGGGUGUCUCCUGGCUGCCGGUGGCCACUCCGCGCGGCAGUGAGGCCAGUCAGAUCAGCUGCGGUCCGAGCGGACUCACCUGGGCGCUCACCUGGGACGGAGGCGCCCUGGUGCGCACCGGCAUGACGCGAGACACGCCGCAUGGCACUGACUGGUGCCAGGUGCCGCCGCCGGACGGCGUGCGUCUGGAACAGGUCAGCGUGGGCGACAACAGCGUCUGGGCCGUCUCCAGUGACAAGCGGGUCUUCUUCAGACAGGGCGUCAAGGGCCACGAGAUGUCCAGCAACCCGACGCUGGCGCGCGGCACCAACUGGCUGGAGAUGGUGGGCAGCAUGGCCGCCGUCUCCGUCGGACCCAACAACCAGGUGGUGGCGCUCGGCACGGACGGGGUGCAGCUGUACGUCCGCGGCCGGGUCUCUCACGCCGAGCUGACGGGUCACACCUGGCGUCCGCUGACGGUGCCCCACCCCGGCGCGGCGGGUUCCAGCCGCUCCGGUAGCGUGGCCUCGCUGCCGUUCCCGGCCGCCGUCCCCGCUGACUGGCCGGACGGACCCCCGGCGGCGGCCAGCGGGGACGGCCAGGGCGCGCCGGAGCCGGCCAGCGGGGACGGUCAGGGCGCGACAGAGCCGGCCGGCUGUCCGUACGACUCCGACACUUCCUCAAUGUCCGGCCAGUCGGCCGGAGACACGGCCAGUCUGCGACUGCUCCGGCUGGACGACGACGAGCCCUCGGCGGUGCCGCUGGGCCGCGCCGGGCCCGAGUGUCGCGGCUGGACGUCGGUGGCGGCCGGCGGCUGCUUCCUGGACCCACUGCACGUGCCGCCCUGGUUUUCGGGUCCGGUGGUGGCCGACCAGCAGGAGGAGCUGUGGAAACAGAAGGUUCUGGAACUCCUCAAGGAGCGGGACAGCCGGGUACGACCCUUCAACGGACUCUACGAUGAGGCCAUCGAGAGGAGCUCGUGGACGCGCACCACCAAGUGCCGCUGGUGGACAGACGCGCCGCCGCACAACUGGGCGCAGGCCGUGCUGGAGCUCGAGCAGCGCGGCACCGGCGCCGCCCAGGUCGAGUUCGGACAGAUCAGCGUCUACGUCGGCGGCGAGAAGAUGGCGUCUGUCUGUCUCUCGGAAGUGUCGGCCGUUCUGAACAGCUCCGAGUCCCGCCGCCAGUCCGUUCUCGCCGUACUGACCGCCGAGCGGAUGCGGCGCCGGCUCCCCCUAAAACUCUGGUUCGCCGAGGAAGCAGAGAUGGAGGAUUGGCUGGAUAUGAUUCAGACAGCGUGUGUGCGACUGCGCCGGAUAGAGGGAGCGCCGAGCGAGAACUCGCUCUGGGCUGUCACCGACAGGGGCGACAUUAUGGUCAGCGACCAGCGGCUCACUACGGCAGAGCAAGAGCUGGCCGCCGAGACGCACUCAUCUCUGUCGCAGUGUCAGCUGGUCUCCGACCCGGCUGGCUGCCAGACCCCUCUGUGCCGGCGCCUGGAGCGUGGCUUCACGGAGGGCUGCAGUCUGGUCAUCAGCUACAAACUGCCCACACACCCGAGCUGGUUCAGUAUCAACCUGAUGACUGGUGUCACGGGAUCCCAGGAAACGGAAAACGUCUUCCACUUCAAUCCGCGCAUCAACCGAGACGUGAUUGUUCGUAACAGCAGAACAAAGGACGACUGGGGUCGGGAGGAGCGCGACGGGCCGCAGCCGUUCAAAGGUGGCGACACCGGGGAGAUCCACAUCAUCUGUCUCAAGGACCAGUUCAAGGUGCUGGCGCUGGGCCUGUGCACGCUGUUCACGCACAGGAUGGAUUUUCGGCGGAUCACCCAUGUCACCAUCAAGGGGGACAUCCUCGUCACUCAGGUGUCCUACGACGCCGGACCGGCGGAGGCGGCUCCUGAGGAGCUGUUCUGGAGACAGCUGGGCGGCCACCUCCGUCGAGUAGAGGCCGGCCCACAUGGCGUGGUCUGGGGACUGGGCCACGAUCAGACGCCGUGGGUGUACACGGGAGCGACCGGCGGCGGCCAGCUGACAGAGCACGGAGGCAGCGGCCAACUGCACACUAUGACAGACACUCGCUACUUUUACAUCUACGAGAACCAGCGCUGGAACCCUCUGUCAGGGUUCUCGUACCGCGGCCUGGCCACCGACCGGCCCACCUGGAGUGACCGCACCGGCCGCGUGCAGCUCACCAAGGACACGGUGCUGCCGCCGUCCCGACACUGGAACUGGGUCUCCAGUUGGUCGGUGGACUUUCACGUGUCGGGCGGGGUGGAUGAGGAAGGUUGGCAGUACGCCAUGGACUUCCCGGCCUCCUACCACGGCUACCGAGGGAUGCAGGACUUUGUGCGUCGUCGACGCUGGUACCGCAAGUGUCAUCUGAAAACCACCGGCCCCUGGGAGUGCGUCAACAACGUCAAACUGCGAGACCUUUCCAUGCACGAGCUCGGCGGCGAGAUCCACCUGUGGGCUGUCACCUCAGCCGGCGACGUGCUGCACCGUCUCGAGUCGCGGCCGGACGGCAGCGGCGGCGGCGGCGGCUGGAGCUCCGUCACCACCGACCAGCCGUUCUCGGCCAUCAGCUGCGGCGGCCACGGCUGCGUGUGGGCCGUGGCGCGCGACGGCACCGCCCGGCUCCGCUGCGGCGUCACCGCCCAGCGGCCACUCGGCACCGGCUGGGCUCAGGUGGAGCACCCCGAGGGCAGGAAGCUGAAGCACGUUUCCGCCGGACAGUCGGCCGUCUGGGCCGUCGACGAUUCGCACAGGCUGUACUGGCGCCAGGAGAUCAACCCGGUCACGUUCCCCAUGGGCAUGGCGUGGCGCCACGUGUCCGACCACGUGUCGCACGUGUCGUGCGGCGCCGGUAACCAGACGUGGGCGGUGUCGUCCCGUCACAGCGGCGUGCUGCAGCGCCGACAGGCCGUCUGUGAGGAGGACUCGGCCGGUGCCGAAUGGCAGCACGGACUGCCUGGCGGCUGGAGUCACGUGACCUGUCGCGGCCUGAGCGGACCGUGCUGAGCGGGUGACCACGUGACAGUACUGGACGUGUGGUCGACCACCAGCGGUAAGGUAGGCCCUGCCCGGGACCGGCGGCAGGCAGCUGAGGCAGGGCGUGCAGUCGCAGGGGUCUGAAGAGGCCGCUGCUGUGAAAAUACGCAGUCGUGCUGCUGGGCGGAUGAAACUGCGGCUAGCGACACUCGCUCUGCCAUCCGAGGUCAGAUGUGUUUUAAAAUAUCGGACCGGGGAUAUUGUAUUCCUAAGGGGAGUCUACCCUGACUGCAGCUGUUCCAGUACACAACAGUUAGGUUCCGCUUGUGAUGACAUCAUCGCAGCCUCGCCUUUCGUCUACGGCAGCCAUUACAAACCUCUGUGGCAAUUGACAAAUACUUCUUGAAAAGCUGAGUGGAGGUAAGGUGCCCUUAUAGGGCAUCUUUAUCUGGACUGUGGGCAUUGUGAUACUGGGUAGCUCGUUGUGCUGGCUGCUUAUUGUUUAUCUAAUUCGAUCUCUGAUUAGAGCUGUUAAAUGCCCACCCGGACAGGACCUAGUCCGGUGGGUUUGUAUUCGUGGCGUUCUGGAUGUAUCCACAUUCCGCUAGUCUCGUCACGAACAUGAUUAUGCUUUUGCUUAUGUGGACGUCUUCUUUUCAUAUGUGGGCGACCAUUCUUCGGCCACGCAGUUACUUAUAGAGUGGAAACAAAUACUGGUUAUGAUUUUUAGCAAGCAGCAUUAGGUGAAGUAACGCCUUGAACAAUUUAUAAAGUAACGGGUUGAUUUUUGUCACUAUUGGAAGUUUUUUUUUUGCGUGAAGUUCGCACUUAUUCACACCCAGGCGACCCUCGUGGCACGGGUUCUAUAUGAGCCAUACAAGUACUGGAUGGCAUUCCUGGGUCACGGUUGAGUUCCUUCCAAACACGCACAUCGGAGUUGUUGGACCAUCAGAGAUGUAGAUACGAAUGCAGCCCUGAUGCAGCACUCACGAAUAAGCUUUCCGAUUGAUUUGUGUCGUGAAGCCUAUCAACAAGAGGCCUGUGGAUUGCAGUUCCCUUGAUACCUGCUAGUGUCAAUCCUUUAAUGUAGAGGGACACGGUCGUGUUUGGCACUUUGUGUGUCUCCGAACAUUUCCGGAUGCAGGCCACCUGAUCAAAUCAGUGGGCUUAACUUGUAUUCCUGCCUAAUCACUUGGCGUCAUUGUAUAUCAAAUCGUCACAUGUGUUUCUUUCCAUGCGGUGUGCACGCCUUCGUUGUUGCUUAGGGCGAUGUUUACAAAUGUGGAGUUUUGUAUGUCCUUGCCUUAUGCUUUUAUCUGCAUGUUUGUAUAAUGCAGCUAAUAUGGGAAUGUUUCAAUUUCCUAUCAGAUAGGUGUCUAAACGCAUGUCGUUCGUCAGCAAGAAGCAAUCAUGUAGGUAAGACGUAGUGUCAGUACCUAUAUUCAAUGUUAUUUAAUCGCGUGAUAUCGACCAAUACACAGUAUUUGGGGCUUUG